GCUGAGUCUUCUUGCACCUCGGGUCACGCCUCCUUGGCAAGAAGGCGCCUCGUCUUUGAUUGCUUCCAGUUACUGCAGAACUUCCUGCCCUGGUGGAGAAGUGGGUCUUGCUUGGGUCGCGCUCGCUCCUGGUUUGAGGCGCGAGACUGAGUUCACAAGGUGCUGGGCCCCGAAGCCUAGUGGGGUUGGGGGUCAGAGUCAGCGAACCUCCGCGCCCUGAGUGAGUGGUGCCUUGUUGGGGUCCUCCCUCCCUUUGCAUCAGCAUCCCUCGGGCAUUGCGCCUCCCCGGGGACCCCUCGCCGGGAGAUGACCGCCUUGAUGCGGGGCAAGGACUCUUCCUGCUAUCUGCUCCUACUGGCCGCGGUGCUGAUGGUGGAGAGCUCACAGCUCGGCAGUUCGCGGGCCAAACUCAACUCCAUCAAGUCCUCUCUGGCCGGGGAGACGCCUAUACAGGCCUCCAAUCGAUCUGCGGGCACAUACCAAGGACUGGCUUUCGGCGGCAGUAAGAAGGGCAAAAACCUGGGGCAGGCCUACCCUUGCAGCAGUGACAAGGAAUGUGAAGUUGGGAGGUAUUGCCACAGUCCCCACCAGGGAUCAUCAGCCUGCAUGGUGUGUCGAAGGAAAAAGAAGCGGUGUCAUAGAGAUGGCAUGUGUUGUCCUGGUAACCGCUGCAAUAAUGGCAUCUGCAUCCCAGUCACUGAGAGCAUCUUAACCCCUCACAUCCCAGCUCUGGAUGGCACUCGGCACAGAGAUCGAAACCAUGGUCAUUACUCAAACCACGACUUGGGCUGGCAGAAUCUAGGAAGACCACACACUAAGAUGUCACAUAUAAAAGGGCAUGAAGGAGACCCCUGUCUGCGAUCAUCAGACUGCAUUGAAGGGUUUUGCUGUGCUCGUCACUUCUGGACCAAAAUCUGCAAGCCGGUGCUCCACCAGGGGGAAGUCUGUACCAAACAGCGCAAGAAAGGCUCCCACGGGCUGGAGAUCUUCCAGCGGUGUGACUGCGCCAAGGGCCUGUCCUGUAAAGUAUGGAAAGACGCCACCUACUCCUCCAAAGCCAGACUCCACGUGUGUCAGAAAAUAUGAUCCCUUCGGAGAGAAGCGUCACAAGCGGACUGUGAAUCUGUGCAUUCAGUGCGUCGCGGCACGGUGGAAAACAGGAUGUGGGUCUCAGAAGAAUGGCUCAUGUAAGGCAUGUGGAGGAUGUAAAUCACAGAGCGAGAGAAAGAAAAUGGAGAACUAAGCUGAUUGGAAAGGGUGACAAAUAUUGUGUAACUAGUGUGUUUCCAUUAUGCAGCUUGUUUAUGUAAAUAAUGUACACACAUGUGAAAAUGCAAUUUCUGGCGGGGGAGGGGGAAGACCAGUGACAGUUACCAAAGAAUACCAUGUGACUUUCCAAGAGUCUAUGUUGUGCUGGAGUAUCAGUUUCCUUUCGAUUGGUGAUUGUCCAAAAAUAAACUAAAAGCUAUAUUUCUAUUCAAAGUUACAGUUCAAUAAAAUAUGCCCAGAGUAUCUUGGUAUACAAUGGGAUGGAAAACAUGGAAAAAAAUUGUUAAAUAGGAAAUGAAACACUGAGCAGAGUUCAUUUGCAACAGAGAUCACCUCUGAAUUUGGAACACUGCUUCUACUGUUCAAUUAAAGGCCUCGGUAGACAAGAAAAAAAGCAGUUGAUAUUUUCCCAAAUAAUUUCAAAAGAAUUGCUGGUCUCUUAUCGAGACCUUUAGAAAAGAAAAAUCUUGUUUUUCCUCAAACUGCUAAUUUGUACUUUCCCAUAUUUGCUUUCACCUGUACACAGUAAGAACCAGUAUAACAAGACAAGAGGAGUCCCUUCAGAUUCUCAAGGAAUGAAUGUGCAUUUUUCUAGACUACGUGAUUCCUACCAUGAGUACAUGUUAUUUUCCAACCUGACCCCAAUAGUCAUGAAAAGCACAGAGCUGAAUUUUCAAAAAUUACAUUUUUUUUUAAAGAUAUCCAACAUAUAUGGGAAACAAAGCUAAUACAGAGUCUUUUUUAAAGCUUUGGCAUUGCCCACGUGUUGAUAGCAUUAGACUCAUAAAUGCACUUAUUCUUUACGUUCUCUGCAGUAUAGUGGGGUACAGCUGAUAACCCAGACUGGAGCUGUGUCUGUCCUGCACUGAGGCCAGCAAGAACAUGGGUAAAAUUCUGUCAAGAACCCAGGUGUGGGCAAUACAUAGAUGAUGUCUGAAAUUGACUUUUCAGCUUUCAGUCCCAAGGCUGCACAACCUCAGUGGAAGUUUUCUGUGGGAUUUGCUAUCUUAAAUACUCAACACACAUCUAAGUACAGUGUGCGGUCACUUCUUGACCUCAAAAUACAUAUUUUAUACAUUUGAAGCUCUAAAAGAAUAGGAGUUCUCCCAAAACUGACUCCCAAGAUAGUGAGGUUCCUUUGCCCUCCAACUGGCUGGUGGUAGCAUCUGGUUUUUCUACACAAGCCUUUCCCUACAACAGCUCCCCUGCCCCCAAAGAUAUACUUUCUGUUUUCUGCACCCAUUGAGAUAAAAAAAUAUAUAUGUAUAGAAAUGGAAUAACUUGUGAAAUCUACAUAUUGCUAACCUAUAAAAACUGCAGGUUCUUCAUUCUUUAAAACCAUUUUUAUUAUUUCUUUUACUUUACUCAUUUCUAAAUAUUAUGUCUAGAUAGAAUAUAAGGCAAAAAGUUAUAAUUGUUACUUUUGACCUUUUCUUUUAUAGAGUUGAAAUCACUCCUUAAUUUUUUUCUUUUACUUAACCCUCAUCUUGAGUCUCAAAUUCAAGUUCUCCCAGAAAUUGAACCUGAACCUGCGUGUCUAUUAAGAAUUUUAGCUUCCCACACAUGUUUACUAAGACAAUUAAGAUUUACAUUUUCCCUACAUGUCUGCAAAAACAGAAGUUUUCAAUGAAUCUAUCCAAGAACCAAGUCUGUGCAAACAGGAUUCUAUACGCUUGGCAACAUAAAAAUGGGCCAUUUCAGUCUAGCAUUUCCUAUUAACAAUCACAUUUACAGUCUGGUUUCUGCAUUAUUUUCCUUAUGUACAUCCCUUCAAAAAUUAUUAUUUGAAGUAAUUUAUUUACAGGAAAUGUUAUGAGAUGUAUUUUCUUAUAGAGAUAUUUCUUACAGA